UUCAGUGAUAUUGAUUUACGUUGAUUUUAAAAGUAUUUAAAAUUGGAUUUUGAAGUAAAUGUGAAAAAUUCUUCAACAUGGUGACUUCAUAUUACAUAAUGAAAAUGCAAAACAAAAAUAAUUUCGAUGCCGUUAGUUAUUAUAGCAAAAUAAUCGAUUUGCCGCAGAAAAACAAACAAUCCGAUAGCUGUAGAAUAUGUUUACAACAAGGAGUUGUAUCAAUUUUAGGGAAUGAUUCAUCCGAGAUUUUAGAGGCUAUAAGUAUAUUUGCAAAUAUUGAAAUCACAGAAAAUGACGAAUUUUCAAAACAUUUAUGUCGCUUUUGUUACAAUUUUCUUCAAGGAGCAAUCUUAUUUCGAAAAGCGGCGAAGAAAUCCGCAGAAGUUUAUAAUCUCCCUGUUAAAGAGGAGGUAAUGUUAAAUCAAACUCAAGAUCAAAUAGAUAUAGAACAUUUAACUGAAGGUUAUGACAAUUGUGAAUACGACACAAAACAAAAUUGGUCUUCAGAAAACGUCAAUGAUAAAGGAACUAAGAAGUUGAAACAAGCAACAAAAGUAACAUGUCACAUUUGUAACAAAGUUGUAAAUCGAUCAUAUUUCAAAGAACACAUCACAAUGCAUGAUCCAGACCAUCUUAAAUAUGUCUGUGAUGUUUGUGGUAAAUCAUUUAGAUUAAGAUGUGCAUACCACAACCAUAGUCUACGUCAUAGAGAGGACUUCCCUUUUAAAUGUCAAUUCUGUCCAUACAGAGGCAGAUAUGCAGAAUUACUUAAAACUCAUAUGAGAACUCAUACUGGGGACUAUAGAUAUAUGUGUACAGAAUGUCCUGCUCGAUUUUUGUUUAGGAGUAAUUUGAAUAGUCAUAUGUUGAAGCAUAAGGAGCCUCAAUUUAAGUGUAACGCUUGUAAAAGAGCCUUCCAUACAGAGCAGAUGUUACGAAAACAUUAUGAGGCUGAUCAUUUGGGUAUAAAAAAUCAUGUAUGCAACAUGUGUGGGAAGGCAUUUGGCUAUAGAAAUGCUAUGAUGAAACAUCAACGACAUGUACAUAAAAGGGAAAAGUUAUUAUUUGGCAGAAUGCCUUCGUAUUUAGAAGCUGAACAGAAACAUCAAGAUAAGUAAUAUAAUGUUACGGAAUUAUAAAA